CUGCAGGGAGGCGUGUAACCGGUUUGGGUUGAAUGCGCAUCGCAGGGGCGUCAUCACCGCCUCCAAUUGCGCAAAACACAACAAAGUUGUCAGCCGGCACAGCGCGGAGCUCUCAGUAUCCACCUCUACGGAGAGGCCACUGGGACCUCUGGGAGUCCACCAGUUCCUCUGGGAGUCGACCGGGACCUCUGGGAGUCGACCGGGACCUCUGGGAGUCGACCGGGAACUCUUAGAGUCCACUUGGACCUCUGGGAUUUGACCGGGACCUCUAGGAGUCGACCGGGACCUCUGCGAGUCGACCAGGACCUCUGGGAGUCGACCGGGACUUCUGGGAGUCGAACGCGACCUCUAGGAGUCGACCGGGACCUCUGAGCGUCGACCGGGACCUCUGGGAGUCCACUGGGACCUCUGGGAGUCGACCGAGACCUCUAAGAGUCGACCGAGACCUCUGAGAGUCGACCAGGACCUCUGCGAGUCGACCAGGACCUCUGGGAGUCGACCACGACGUCUGGCAGGCCAGAAGUUCCGCUGGGAGUCCAGGCUGAACGCCUCCACAUUUCGCAAGCCACCUCUGAAGUUUUGGUUAUACAAGCACCACGGAAGAUCGACCAGACCCCCUCGGAGUCCACCGUUGCAUCUGAAGGUUUGCCAUCACGGUGGGGAGUACUCAAGGAACAGAUCCCCACCAGCAUUGAGAGUCUUCCACCAUCGCCACUGAGAGUCCACCACCAGCAAGCACGGAAAAUCCACCGGUACUUAGAGUCCAGCAGUACCUGCAAGGGUUCACCACCAGUGCCGAAAGUCCACCACCUCCACCACCGGGAAUCCGACCAAUCUGGAAGCAGACGAGUCGGUGGCCCUCUCAGAUAGCGACUAGGAGAACACGCCGGACAAACAACAAGACCCACCACCACCUCCUCUUCCACCUACACCACCACAUCCUCAUUUUCCACCACCAGCAGACUGCCUCCUUCUCCAGGAGUCGAACCGGGCUGGCCAACGUUCGAUGGCCGAGUGUGGCAACCGGUCCCUGGGCCGCUGCGCCUGGGCCUUCGUGCUAGCGCUGGUGUUCGACGUGGUGGGCCUGGUCAUGAUCCUGGUGGGCAUCUUCGCCAACCAGGUCGCCUACUACGACUUCCUCAUCUACACGGGGGCCAUCGUCGUCUUCUUGAGCAUCAUCUGGUGGCUCUUCUGGUUCAUGGGCAACAUCACGGCGACGGAGAGCAAGUACGAUCGCGUCAACGUCACGUCCCGGUCGUUCUCGAGACCGUGGGUCCGCUCCAGCCGCAAUCAGACCCACCAGCACAGCAAGCGCGCCCACCGUGACGCCACCAACGGGAGCCACCACAACCAAAGCUUUAGCAACGACGUCGCGGGCGUCAAGAACGGCGCGUUGCCCUCCACCGCUGUGGCCAGCGGCGGCGGGCCGGCGCGUGGCUGGCAGCCGUGCGGGCAGGACGACACGGCGGCCACGGCGUUCUGAACCGCCUGGCACGGGUGGUGGGAGCGAGGGCUUGCUGCUCACCACGGAGCCAAGGACGACCAAGGAACCUCACCCCUGCCACUCACCCCUGCCACUCACCCCUACCACUCAUCCCUGCCACUCACCCCUAGCACUCACCCCUACCACUCAUC